CCGAGGAGAUCACAUCUCUGGAAUACCUCCUCUCUCGAUUUGUGUCGUGUCGUGGCGUUUUUGGAAAUACUAUUAACAAAAAUUAUGCUGCUAGUGGUGCUGCUGGUAUUUUUCAUGUUAAGCUCCAUAGGCAGCCAGGACCCAUCGCCCUGCAGUUUCAACCCAAUGUGUUCCUGUAGAUAUUCAGAACCCAAUACCAUCAGGGACGUGUCCUGUAUGGGGGUGCCGUUCUCCAAAUCCCCAGAUCUCCCACCCUCUGAGGUGUCCCAUGUAGACAUCGUAGACUCUGGUUUAGAAGUGUUAGACGACCUCGGUGCCAGUGUGGAGGCGCUGAGGCUGGUCACCAACAAAAUCAUCUACCUCACCAACAACUCCCUGACGAGUAUGUCGUCCACUCUAAGGACGUUGGACCUUAGCCAUAAUCAGCUGCAGGAGGUACCUUUGGGGGCGUUGUGCUCACUUACUGGUCUCUAUUGGAUCAAUCUGUUUGGAAACUCCAUUACCGGUCUGCCUCGACAGUGGUGUCUUCUAUCGUCAACACUGACGAACCUUUUCUUGGGGGAGAACGAUCUACACGAACUGGACUUCUCUCUACGUAAUCUAACUCAUCUGGAGUGGAUAACCUUGGACCACAACAAGCUGAGGUCGGUCCAGCGAGGAAGUCUACCAACCUCUCUUCACACGUUGAGUGUUCAGCAUAACCUCCUUGCAGACAUUCCAGUGCGGACAGUGGAUCAGAUGACCAACCUAGCAAGACUGUUUCUACGUGGGAACGCCAUCAGUAGAAUACCUCCUUACUCCUUCAGAAAGAAGAAGAUGUUGGACAAACUGGACCUUGGCGAAAACAGGUUGACCGAUCUGCCGUCGACGUGGUUCAACAACUCUAUCACCAUAAGAGACCUUAAUUUGGAGUUUAACAAUAUAAAACUACUACGAGAUUACACUUUCAGAAGCUUGAACCUAGGAAGAGUUGUUUUAGGACAUAACAGACUCACGAAUAUAAGUGGGAACGUGUUUGCAGGACUAGAAGACAGUUUGGAGUACGUUGACUUGGAGGGAAACAUGAUCGAAUCAAUCGCAAAUGCAUUUACUCGGUUGAGAGUGUUAAAGUUUUUAUAUUUAGCAAACAAUAAAAUUUCAAGACUACAAGACGCUGACUUUAGGACUUUUGCUGCACACCUGAAAGCACUUUCGUUAUCAGGGAAUAGACUUUAUCAUAUUCCUAAUGAAGCUUUUAAAAAUUUAAGACAAUUGGCCCAUCUUAAUUUAGGGUAUAAUCAAAUAUCUGAGAUAAACUCCAACGACUUCGAUGGCUGGGGUGCUCAUUUAGAUACACUAUUACUUAUGAACAAUCGAAUAUCGUACCUAAGCAACUAUCUUUUCCGGCACACACAAAGUCUGCGAGAACUCAGUCUGUCUUUCAAUCAAAUCCAAGAUAUGGAACCUCAUGCGUUCAUCGACGUUGCUAGAACAUUAGAGAGUUUGGAAAUAAGCUUUGGUCUCAUUGGGGAAGAAUUCCCUGAGGAUGCUUUAAGACCUUUGAGUUCCCUUCUGUGGCUCUCAGUUGACAACAACAACAUUAGAGAAAUGCAUAGGACAUCAUUGUACACAUUUGGAAACCUUAAAUAUCUCAAUUUAGACUUCAACCGGAUUUCUUACCUCCCAGAAGGUAUGUUCAACUCUCUUAUACACACACAUCUUAGAGAUCUCAGAAUUGCGUACAACCUUCUAACUAAAAUUGGGACCGAAACGUUUUCUUCGCUGUCGGAUUUGCAAACAGUUGUACUGACAGGGAACUACAUAAGGUAUAUUGACCAGAAAGCUUUCAAAGAGUUGCCGAAUUUACUAACCGUGUUACUCACUAACAAUAAUCUUGUUAAGAUUUCACCACAAGCGUUUUUCAACGCUCCAAAGCUUUUAAGACUGGAUUUGCAACAAAACGAUUUGCGAUACUUUACAUUCGAUGCUUUUAUCAAUACGUCAAUAUUCCAUCCGAUGACUUUGAACAUAUCUCAUAAUAGGAUCACAGACGUUUAUUGCACCUAUAAGAAACCUUUUAUGAAGUUGAAGUCGUUAGACUUGUCUCACAACGCGAUUCAAGACAUCCCAAGUGAACUGCUUCAACUUUUAAGUGGGUAUUUAAGAACACUGUAUUUAGGCAAUAAUAAAAUAGGAGGUUUGAGCCCUAACGUCUUCAAUAACUUAUCCCUUCAGGUGUUGACGUUGAAUCACAACAAUAUCGACGAAUUACGUCGAGGAACCUUUUUUGGUCUACACGAACUACAGAUCUUAAAUUUAUCGUUUAACAAAAUCAAAUUCCUACAAUCAGGUUUAUUCUCCAACCUAACUCGCCUUAGAGUACUCCGUCUCGCUCACAACCAUUUGAAAUCAGUGACGGCGAAAAUGUUUGAGAACACCGUGUUAGAAAAGCUAGAUUUAUCCCACAACGAGAUCUUACACGUACCUGACUUAGAAAAUGUGAAAUCCACAAUGAGAGAAUUAGACUUGUCUUUCAACUAUUUGGAGUAUCUGGAAAACAACGUGUUUCGGAAGAUUCCUUACUUGACGACGCUCAAUCUUUGUAAUAACCGGUUAACGAUUUUGCCAACGAAUGUGUUUAGUGGACUUAACAAUUUGCUCAAUCUUAGAAUAUGUUCGAAUCCCCUCAGAGUUAAGUAUAGGGACUUGUUUAACUUUACUCCUGCGUUGAGGAGGUUGGACUUGUCUUCGGUGUCGCUGACGAGUGUUCCUCCGUUGAAACUUCCUCUUCUGGUCCAUCUGAACCUCACGGACAACCUCAUCCAAGAGUUCCCUCCCACCAGUGGUGACGGACUGCCCAGGCUGAGGACUUUACUGCUGAAGGCCAAUCAUUUAAGUGAGAUUCCUCAACAAGUGUGGUACAGGCUGCCGCUGCUCAAAGAACUGGACCUGUCCACCAACCCCAUUAAGGUAAUCAACAGCACCAGUUUGUCCGGGCUGCGCCACCUGGAGUCUCUAGUACUGACGGAUCUACCGGACCUAGAGAGGGUGGACUCCGGAAGUCUGUCGGUGCUACCCUCCUUGAUGACCCUCCAUGUCUCAAGCUGACCAUGGCCACUCACAGAGACGCUGAACAUCCAGUCCUUGACAUUGGACAUUCUGGAGACAGAACUGUCCACUCAACUUCACAACAUCAGUCUGCCGAGGCUCAACUACUUACAGAU